AUGGACGCGCGCGCGAAGCGCCUGCGCGCGAUCCUCGACGACAACCAGCGCGCGACCGAUCGCAUCCGCGACGUCGUCGCGGAGACGGACGGGGAGCUCCGGUCGCUGCACGACGUCAUGGCGCCCGUGCAGGCGCGCACCGCGCUGCUGUCGAACGCGAGCGCGAAUCUCGCGACCGUCGAGAACGAGACGAACCGAUGGCUGGAUCAGCUCGAGGCGACGUGGGCCGUCGGUGAGCUCGCGCGGACCGGGCCGGGGGAGGACGAGCGCGCGAAGGACGACUUCGUGCGACGCGUCGACGCGCUCGUCGGCGCGGAGCGAUUCUUCGGCGAGCGACGCGCGUACAGAGCGGCUGAGGGAUCGUGGAAGCACGCGGGCGAGCUCGUGAACGAGUGCCUGACGCGAUGCGAGGAAGCGUUCGCGAGGGAGCUCGCGGCGCACGACGCGCGCGCGCGGCGGUUGGCGAAGGACGCGGAGGGGGGAGGAGGGGGCGGCCCCGGAGACGAGCGAGGCGCGACGUCGCCGUCGCCGCCGCUCCAGGAGAGAGGCGUCGGGUUCGUCUUCCCGCUCCCGCCGCCGCCGAUCGACACCGCGUCGUUCGCGUCGUCGCCGAAGACGCCCGCGCGGACGACAGAAGGCGGCGGCGGGGCGGCGCCGUCCACGCCGUCGUCCACGCUGACGUCCGCGAGGAAGCGCGCGGAGGCGGCGGCGAGGCCGGAGCUCCGCGCGGUGACGCCGUUUUUAAAGAAACUGUCGAGGUGCGCGCUCGCCGCGGCGACGGCGCGGUCGGCGUCCGCGCAUCAGGUGAGCGGCGGGAAGGCGUCGAUCAAGGACGUCCGGACCGCGAUCAGGGACGCGUACGUGAGCGCGCGGCGCGCCGCGCUCGGCGCCGCGCUCGACCGCGAGGGCUUAGCCGCGCUCUUGAGGGACGGCGAGGCGAUCGCGAAGCCGCCGCCGCCGCGCGGCGGCGGCGUCGGCCUCGGCGCGUCCACCACGACGCGCACGGAGCGAUGGAUCGGCGUUUUGGAGCACGCGAGCGUGCGCUGGGCGCUGGAAGCGCCGCUCGCGCGCGAGGUGUUCGGGUUAGACGACGACGACGACGACGACGACGACAGAGAGAACGAGAACGAGAACGAGAACGAGAACGGCGGCGGGGAGCGUUCGAUGGUCGCCGCCGCCGCCGCCGCCGUCGCCGACGACGCCGUCCCGCGCAUCCUCGAACACUCCGCGUCCACCGUCUUGGGAUGGGUGAACACCCUCGCACGGCAGCCGAGCGUGGGAGGAAGCGCGGGAGGCCCUCACGGCGGCGGAGACGACGCGCUCGCCCGCGCCAACGUGAACCGGAAGUCGCCGGAGAAGACGUUCGCGUUGCUGAGAGCGCACGCGGCGUUGACGCGUUUGCGGUGGGGCACCGAGAGCGCGUUCGCGCCGGGCGGGCGCGCGGCCAACGCGUGGCGCGACGCGCUGCGGACGUGCGAAGAGGGCGCGCGCGUCGCGUUGGGGACGCUGAUCCCGACCAUCGCGGCCGCCGCGGGUCGGAGCGACGUCGAGGUGAGAAGGCUCGCGGACGGCGUCGUCGCGUUUUGCGCGGAGCUCUUGGAGCAUCCCAACGCGGCGGACGUGUUGUUCGGCGGCGACGGAAGCGGCGGCGGCGACGGGCGCGGCGGCGGCGGCGAAAUGGACGGAGGAAGCGGCGGCGUCCACGCGACGCCGUUUACGCGCGGGCCCGUGUCGCCCGUCGCGGAGGAGCCGACGCCGGAGGCGGAGGACGACGACGACGGCGACUCGGACGGCAUCUUGGACUUCACGGACGACGACUCGAAUUCGAACUCGAACGGCGACGACGGGUUCGUCACGUCUUCGGAAUCCGAACGCGACGAGGAGGAAGAAGCCGCGCCCGCGCCCGCGCCCGCGCGCGCGACGGAAACGACGAAGUCGCCGCCGCCGCCGCCGCCCGCCACCGCCGACGCCGGGAACGAACUCGGCGCGGACCUCGCGUCGUUCAUCGUGAACGCGCUCGACGCGGUGACGCGCGGGAUGGACGCGAACGCGUGCGCGCCGACGUCGUCCUCGUCCUCUUCGUCGUCCGCGUUUAAGCGGUCCCUGUCCACGUCGAGCGCGUCGACCUCCGCGACGGCGACCAACGCCUCGCCCGCGCUCGUCGCGUUAUUACGCGCCGUCGCGUGCGAUCGCGUCGCGUCCGCGGUGGAGGACGCCGAGGAGCUUCUCCGCGCGCUGCCGGACGGGUGGCUGCGCGCCGCGCGCGAAAAGGUGGACGAAGCCCUCGCUGAGCACGUCGACGCGGGGUGGGGGAGAGCGAUCCGCGCCAUGCGCGGCGCCUCCGCCGGGGACGCCUCCGUCGCCGCCGCCGCCGCCGCCGCCGCCGCCGCGAUGAGCGAUAAGGAGAGGCAGGCGAUCAAAGACCGGUUCACCGCGGUGAACGCCGCGGUCGAGGACGCGCGGCGCGCGUGGCCCGGGUGGAACGCGCCGGACGGGGACGUGCGCGCGAAGCUUCUCGCGCGGCUUCGCGUGGACGUCGCGGACGCCUACGCGGCGUUUUACGAGAGGUACAAGGACAGCGGGUUCGCGCGGAAAAACCCGAAGAAGUACGUGACUCACUCCCCGGAGGAGCUGCGCGAGAUCGUCGAGGCGUUGUGGACGGGGGGCGGGGGAGGGGGAGCGUUUCCGGGCGGCGGCGGCGCGAAGCUCACCCGUUCGAGAACCGUCGCUUGA